AUGUUCCUGAUUCUUAUCCUUCUGAUCUUCACAAAUCCAAUUUGGUCCCAAAAUGUACCAGAUGUACCCGAAAACUCGCCUCGUACAUUAGCUGAAAAACAUAAAUGUGUAGCGAUGCCAAGAGGUGGUGCAAUGGUUUCUGGAAGAGGUUGGAUGCCUGGAUUUGGGGAACAGGGAAAUGCAAAUGGCAAGAAUCUAAUUGAUGGUGUUUGA